AUGGCCACCUUCACCACAACGGGCACCGUCUCGAGUCCUCUCGACCUCUCCAAAGUCCAGGGAGAACAUGCCAACGUCAGCUUGUCAUCGAACAAGAAGAACGUUCAACCUGCUGUCAAGGUCACCCUCACUAGCUUGACCCCUCACAAUUCUGGCACAUUACGAAAAAUCAACUCUGUUGUCAUCCCCAUCGUAUACUCGGACAGCUUCUACAAGGACAUGCUGGAUCCGAACCUGGAUGAUGCCAACAAGCUCAUCUAUUACGCCGAUAUCCCCGUCGGCGCGAUUUGCUCCAAGUUUGAUAACCUCAAGAAGGGCUCCAAAGAGCCUCCUACUCUUGUUAUUCUGACCCUGGCCAUCCUUGCCCCCUACCGAUCCCUUUCGCUCGGCACCUCUCUCCUCCGCCACGCUCUCCACGCUGCUCUCCACCCCCCGGAACCUUCGGCCCCCGCACCGUCGGACAAAAAGACCAACACCCGAGCUCAGUUGGCCAAGCCCGAGACUAGGCCGCCCGUCAACAGGGCGCUUGUGCAUGUGCAGGUCGGGAAUGAGGGGGCAAAGAAGUUCUAUGAAAGAUUGGGAUUCAAGGAGACUGGCAUCGAGGAUAACUACUAUUCCAAGAUGGAGCCCCGAGGAGCUAUCUUGAUGGUUUGCGAGGACAUUGCGGCUGCCAUCGGAGAUGCUUCUAACAAUCAAGUUUGA